UACAUCUAGGUUGGGUUGAGGGUGAAUAAAUUCUGUAAUUUAAAUUUUUGGGUGAACUAUCCAUUUAAUAUUAGUUUGAGGCGUUCUAGAAUAUUUGUCACAACUUUCUUCUUCAACAGACUUUCACGUCUGCUUUCUCACUCAAUCAUGUUGUUUUCUCUGCUAUUCAGACGUGACCAGUCAGCCCCACACGCUGUCAAGGGGUCAAAGGUCAGACACGAAGCCAACAUUUGUUCAAAACACAUGGCAUUCCUGAGCUUAAAUUAGCUUGUGCACUUUCAUUGGGACGAAACCUGUCGAAACAACUGCUACCAAGGCCCAGAACAAAGACGCAGGGAGAAAGUCCGGAGCGGUUCACUUGAAGAGCAGACAGAGACGCGAGCGCAACUCCAGAAAUCAGAAGCUGCCGAAAGCAUAAACACCUCCGAUGUUUUUGCAUUUAAUUGAAGCCAAGAAUCUUUUCUGGACAACAUCUGAAAACCGUCUUCAACUUUGGAAUGUUCCGCUUGAAGGCAAGAUUCCGAAACAUGCCGAUCUUCAACUUUUAAUAAAUAUUUACACUUGGUCUAAAAGGUAAGCGCUUCUGUUCUUGCGCUGCCUCACCCUGACCGAAAGGGUCACCCAGGGGCCUCCUUCCGUCUCCGCCGUCCAGCUCUUAUCCCCAGGCUCCUCUGUUCUCAGUCAGAGAGGAAGUUUUGACAGCCAGACUUUACAACCUCCUCUUCCCCCUGCCUGCGCUCUGCACAUGCUCUGACAGAGACUCCGGUCCGGUGACUUCAUCCCUCAUUCACGAAAGCUUCCCCUCCUUCUCCUUCCCUCUCUCUCCGGCAGCAUGCCAGCCGUUUUCCUCUUGCUGCGCUCUCUGGUUGUCAGUCUCUUCAGUAGCAGAUUAGCAGCUUCUGCCGCGCAGCUCCUUCGCAGAAGCCUGACGGCGGCUGCUGGGCACCUCGGCACCAUCCUGCGCCACAUUUGGGAGCGAAUCAGUUCCCAGGAGUCCAAGGAGGCCAUCCUGGGCUGCGUCUUGUGCAUUCUCAACAUGCACAAGAAGGUGGACAACUAAAUUCGAGAGGAACGAGUAUAGCUUGGACUUUUUAAUUUGUGAUUUAGAACCAUGUCGGAGAGCAUCGUGAGGAAAAUCCAGCCGUUCACCAUCGGGACCAAACUCUCGGCGCCAGCCGUGCCAAAGUGCUCAGAUUUUCCCGAUGGUUUUCUUCCGAAUCGGUCGUUCUCUGAUAACUGCAAACUGAGGCACCUGAAUGAACAGGUGUGUCUUUAUCUCGGCCGUGACAGGCACUGUGGACCUGCGGCGAAACAUCGACGCGAAGAGAAGUCCGACGACAACCAGAACCGAAACACAGUCUCGCCACCGAACACUGCGUCCAGAUCCAUCCGUAAGAUCACCAUCUCCAGCCGAAUGGAGGCUGCGAAAGACAGACUGACUCCAGGUUUGGAGCUGAAGAAAAUAAGAGCACACUCAGAGAAUAUUAAUAACAAUAACAACAUCACAUCCUCCAACACGCAGCUGCCUAAAAUAGUGGGGGUCAGCUGUGAGAAUAAACCCAGCUCACAGUUCAAGGUGUUGCUGUGUAAAGAUGGUGAAAAGCAGUGCAGUGGUGACAAAGAGAAAUUCACUUCUUCUCCACAGACCCAGAUACUCAAAACCCAAGCAGGAAAGGAUGUGGUGGAGCGUCUGUCCUGCGAGCACAAGGACGUGUGCUUGGUUUCUAAAGUCUCAUCGGUGCAAAAUGAGCUCAGUUUUACUCAUCAGAACGCCAUCUUCAAUAAGGAAAUCACUCAGGCAGAGACAUGGAUCCGAGUGAAGUUACGAGACCUGAGGGACGCCAGUAACGUCCACAGAUGUCCUCUGACCGACUGGGAGGAACUCUCUCAAACCCUCCAGAGAGAUUUGAAGGACUUCGAGAACACCUUCAUACAACUCAACCAGAUGGGAGAGCAAUUAAUGUGCAAGCUUAACCCGACGUCUGACCUGGUGAAGAAACAGCUGGCUCAGAUCCGCGACCAAUGGAACGCGCUCAAACAGACGGCAGCCAAUCAAAUCAAGGCGAUGGGCGGGGCAAAGACUCUCCAGGAGUUUAAUAAGAAGGUGGACCGUCUGGAGGCGUGGCUUAAAGAGAAGGAGCAAGAACAAUCACUGGCCAACAUCCUUGGGGAAAACACUGACAAGAUGCAGCUUACCAGGAAGAUACUGGAUUUGAAGCAGGAUGAGCAGCUAUAUCAUAAUCUUCACGAGGAGAUCAAUCAUAUGGCCCUCAGACUGGAAAAACAGGGGAAGACUGAAGGAAAGACCAUCUCAACCCGCAGGAAACACAUCAACAAAAUGUGGCUGAAGGCUCAGUCGCACUUGAAGGAAUAUCAGGAGAAUCUUCAGCUCGCCCUCGAAGUCUCGUCCUUCUACCAGCAGGCCGAUAACAUCGUCUGUUCCAUCAACAACAUGAAAAAAAGCCUCUCACCAAGCAACGGAGUGGAAAACGCCAGAGACGGGGAAAUUCGGGACAUUGCCAGUCAAAUCAUGAUGCUGGAUGUGAGUGUUUCCCAGCUCUCCAACCUGCAUCCAUCGCUGGCAGCCCGUGUCGCACAGAAGCAGAGCGAGGUGAAAGACUGCUGGGCCGUUCUCCAGAAGACUCUCAGGAACGACAAGGCAGCUCAGCUCCCCUCCGACCCCUCGUUAACCAGGGACAGCAGUGACCCUGUAACCCCGAGCCAAGAGCUGCCCGGCAGCGUGGGAACAGACCCACACAGGAUUAUGGGAAAGGAGGUUAAAGAGGAACAAAAUCGUCUGAAGGGGUUUACGGCCGGGAGAGAUGCCGAGAGCUACGGGAAGCCCUCAGACAGCAGGGAUGCAGGAGAGAUGGCAGUCCUCAAACUACACACGGCCGCUGAAAGUGGGAACGUGCCAAGGUCCGACUCCAGCAGCCACACACCGCUCCACGCGCAACUCCAGAAGUUCACCGUCUCUGCAGACAAGACUCUCUCCUGGCUCAAAGACAGCGUUGCGAUGGCCACUCAGAUCUGCAGUUUGGCCGGACCGAACGGUUUUGAAGCAGCCAAGAGGCGUCAGGCCUCACUGGAACAGGAUAUCCUGUCCAACAGAGCCAGGAUAGAGCUGGUCAAGAAGGAGGGUUACAGUCUGGUGAGGGCUCAGCAUCCGGGCAGCAUCAAGAUCCAGGAGUUUCUGAGUCAGCUGGAGGUUCUGUGGGACGAGCUGAAGAGAAGGCAUGAGAGGAACGGUCUGGUCCUGAAGGUCUCAGAGGAGCUAAAUUAUAGGGUGGUGCAGAUGCUGCAGUCUCUGGCCAGUCUUGAGGCGUGGUUGGAGGCGGUGGAGCUCUCCAUCAGACAGGCGUCUCUGGCUGGAGACCCCGAGUCCGUGAGCGUGGCAGAGCAAGAGAGCUGCCAGCUGGAGCAAGAGCUGGAGACCAGACGUCUGGAGCUGCAGAACCUCAGACAGGAAGUAGAUCAUCUGAGCAGUCAUAGACAUCUUCACACUCAGCUGCUUCCUGCACGCCUGAAGGAGGUGGAAAUGAAGUUCAGCAGUGUGCAGAUGGCACUGACCCAGCAGAGCUCAGAGCUGAAGGACACACGGAUGCUCACGGACUUCCUGGAGAAGCUGGAGCUCGAGGAAAGCCACUACAGCACCCUGGGACAGCCGCUGUGUGGUGAGCUUGACUCUGGACCGUCUCUUCUGGGCUUGCCCGUGAGCGGACAUGACCAGCCCCUGAUGGAAGCCAUUGGGAACCCUGUGAAGGAGCUCAGAGAAGCAGUGGAGAUGCUCAAUGACACGGCGCGGGAGAGAGGCCGCUCGCAGUCACAUGACCAGAGCAUCCAGGAGCUGUUCACCAGGCAUGCCAUGGUGUCAGCGCACGUGGAGCAGUGUCUGCAGCGCUGUGCGGAGCUCGCCGUAGAUGUGCUGGAGAUUGAAAGUGAGAUGGCUGUGAGAUGUGAGCCGGAUCGCUGUGGUCUGGAUGACCUGCAGGAGUACCAGGACCAGCUGGAGGCUGAAUACGGGGUCUUGAAGGAGGAGGUCGAGGCCAUGGUGAGUCUGGCGAGCUGUUUGUCAGACGUGUGUCCGGAGAGGAUGAACGCUGUAGGGACUGAGAUUCAGACCAGCCUGAACGCCUGGGACGAGCUCGGCAAAAGUGUGGCUGAAAACAAGAAGAGACUCCUGCAGUUUGGACACCUGCGCCAUUUCUUUAGGAACUACCUGGCAAUGAUCUCUUGGACAGAAGACACCCGCUCCUGCAUUUUCUCAGAAAGCGCUCUGCGUCAAAGCCGAGAGAACCAGGAGCCUCUGGUUGAGGUUCUGGAUCGGCAGAUAGAGCAGAAGUUCGAGGAGUUCGAUCAGCUCGCCAUGGCUGGAAAAAAACUCUUUGACGACGAGCAUCACCUCAACAAAAUGAUCAGAGAGAGGGUGGAGGAGUUGAGGAGCAUGCUGGGAUGGAUCCUGGUCCACUGGAGGGCUCAGAAGGAUCAGCUGUUGAGCAGACAGAAGACUGAAGAAGCUCAAACUGACGCUAUUUACUCCGAGGCCAUGGUCUGCAGCCCACAAACACAGGUGGAAGCCUCACCCAAGGUCUCUCAGAAGAGAACAGAAAGCAUCACAAGUGCUCCCCCUGGUGACAUGGAGGAUGGUUUGCAGCACAAUUAUGAAUAUGAGGUGAUGCAAAGUGUCAGUCCUAAAGGAAGCAGCGACAGCGGUCAUUUAGAGAGGCCGGAUUCACCGUACCUGGUGCUAAAGGAACCCAGUCCCUCAGCUUUAGGAGGCACCGUCAACCUCAUCCUUAGCUUCAGUAACUCUGGAGACACACAAAUCGAGGUACAGGCACCUGGCAUGGAAGAUGGUGUGCCGGUGUCCGAACCUGUGCACAGGCCUGCUGAGUCUCACUCUUCUGCCUGUAAAAGCUUUUGGAAGCGCUGCCAGGGGCUUUUUGGUAGUUUAAAGCGAAAGACAAAGAUUUAUCGACACAGUGCAGAAGAGGUAAGUACUUACUUGCAUGUUACGGAAAACAACACGGCAGUGUAUGAAAGUAUGGUGCUUCACCAAGACAAAGCUCCAAGGCCUUCCUCCUCCUCUCCGAGGACCCUGUAUAAUCUCUCCUCCCCUUGCACCUCCCCAUACUCCUCGUCCUCCAUCAAAGACACACUUCAGCAGGCCAACAACCUCCUGCCAAAGAAUGGCAACAUCUCAAUAUUUAGCAGCCUGAAGAGGAAGAGCAAGAAGGCCAGGAAGAAGAAAGAUGACCGUAGACACACCAUUCAGAAGAUCAUGGGAGAGGAUCCGUCAGAGGAGGCUGAUUUGCCACCCCCAGAGGAAAGGAAAAUCAAACAUGAGAUCUCCUUCUCAACUCACAUCUUUCUCCUAGACAGAAAUGAGAUCAAGUGA